UUGGGACUGUUGACGACCAUCAACAAGCUCUGGAAAUGUUUCACGUCGAAGGCGCCAGUUUCAGAUGCUGUUGUGUCCACUGUAAUUUAGUGUGUAUUGACACAGGUCUGUGUCUUCUGUUCGGUACACAGAACUCCUAGUCGGUGUAAUGGCCGGCCUUUUAUCACCGACAAAUCCGAAGGCAGGACGUCCUCUUGAUGACAAUCCUAUUGAGAACAGACUCACAGUUGCUGUUAUUUCCAAAGAACGACAUGUGUGUGUUGAUUUUCCAGCACAUGUACAGAACGUCGACAGAGCACUUGAAACCAUUGAUGGGAUUCGAGGAGUUUUCAAGGCCUACAAAGAUGAAAACAAACGACUGGAAAUGAGAUGGAGAAAAGAUGACAUCUAUUGCAAGCCAAUGUAUGGUGACAGACACAACACCACCAAAAAAUGUGACGUGACCAUGUUUACAGCAAUGGCUGACUAUCAGUACCUGCCUGUGGAGAGAAAAGAAGAUGGCAGCUGCAGGAACCUACUUCCAGAACUUCAUCUGACAGGUUUAACAGGGAGAGAGGAGUUUCUGUCAAGAGAUGUUCCACUGUUUAUGCCACCCAUGAUAUUUUCUCGCAUUGAUACACCAGUGGAAUACCUUUACCGCCCAGAUAAAGUGAUGAAUAGAAAUGCCCAAAAAGGCCUGGACCACCUGCCACCUCAUCUUAUUGGCACCGGGAGACAAAAGAGGACAAUCUACACAAUUUUCAAGACAUUUGAUGAGGACACACCUAUAGGCCCUCCAGAAGGUGCAGAAGCUUUCCUGAAGGCAAAAUUGAAAAAUACCAAUCUACUACAGCUUGUGCAAACAUUAUUUGAAGAGAGGCCUAUCUGGUCCAAAAAUGGUAUCCGGUGCAACCUGCCUUUGAAGUACCACCCUAGAUUGAAAUAUGUUCUACCAUUGGUGGCUUACUACUUUUGUAAUGGACCUUGGAGAACUUUAUGGGUCAAGUUUGGAUAUGAUCCACGCAAGGACAGAAAUGCAAAAAUGUAUCAGAUCCUUGAUUUUCGACUGAGGCAAAGGGGAGCAGCUGAGAAACUGGAAAUUGGUGGAAAGCGAAGUGCCUUUGACUACAAGCUACCCACAGUAAAGUCCAGAUCACAGAUGAAAAUACCAAAAAUUCACACAUCAACAUUAGGAGCUGAGGGUAUGGAUCCGUCGGAUAAAACUCAAAUUUUGGAAAGUACCUACAUGUUUGAGCCAGAUGUAUUGCCGCCAUACAGACAGAUGUUCUACCAGCUGUGUGAUGUCCAUGAAGAUCAGAUACAGAAGCUACUUCAUCAGAAUGAUGGUCAAGAGAGCGUAUGUACUGAGCGGGAAGGCUGGCUUCAACCAGAUGUCCAUGACAAGAGUAGUGAAAUUCUCUUCAAGCAUGUGGACAAUAUUCUUGGAAGGCAACUCUUUCCCAUCAUGGACCCAGGUACGCGGCGGGGACGACGUAUUGUCAGCAAGAUAAGAGGGCUGCUGGAUGCCCCUGAGGAAUCUGAGGAUGAUUCGGAGGUGUAUCCAAUAGUGGCAGACACUGGAGCAGAGGAGGAGGAAGUGAAUGAAAUGGAAACAGAGAUGCUGGACUGCAUUUGAAAAAUUAUCAUAUUAUGCUUUAAACUAUUUUCUUUUUCAAUAAUUUUUGACAAGAUUUGUACAGACUAUGUGUGUACAGUAGCUCUUUUUGACUUCAAAGAGAAAUGUAGCUAUACUUUUGUAUGCUGGGUCGCCCUUAUUAUGUUCUUGAAAUAUUUCCAAAUUAUAUAGGAGAUCGUGUUCCUUCUGAAGGAGAUAUCCUGGUACUAAAAUAUGUCAAGGUUACUGGAAUUGGUUAUUUGUAAGGUCAGAUGUGUGCUAAUAUCAAAGUUGUUGUAGUGGUCACUAGACAAGUAAAACAGUAGUUUUAGUACUGUGAAGGCAAAGUCUACUUCUCCAAAUUAUUGACCCCAAAUGGUGUUUUGUGUUACCAAAUCACUCUUUUACUCUGCAUGUUUUUCAUUUUGACAUUAAUUAGAUUUACACAUUUUUACAUAUGCUUUGACACACUGUAUAUUGCGUAUUUUAGCAUCAAAUAUUCAGGAAUAACAUUUCCUGUAUAACCCUGGAUGGCUCAGUUUUCUUACCUCUGUGGCUUUUACUUUCAGAAAUAAUACAAUUAUUUGUAACAUAUGUUGUAUUUGGGAUUAAACUUCCUCAGUAAAGUACA